ACUCACUGGCAGGCUCGGUGCCGGCUCCCUCGCCCGUCCGGGAAAGUGGGUUACAGAAGGAAGGAGCUCAGCUCAGGCACUAGGCAGCUCCUCACGGGCAGAGAAGGAUCCAGCCACAGACAGACCAGAGAAGAACAUCUUCCCUUUUGCAGCCUUUUCUUCGUCUUUCCUACAGGGUUUUAUAUUUGUACUCUGUUUUUAAAUUGUGCUCCUUUGACUUUCUUUUUCUCUGCUUGGGUUUUAUGAGGGUUUUGUUCAGUCUUAGGGGCUAAAGAGACGGAGCAAGGGACAGAGAGAGGCAAAGUGGAAAGGAUCACCAACUGGAGAAGCCCAUUCUGUCUUUGCGGUUGAUGAAAGCCCUCUGUUUGUAAAGCCCUCCGCGGCGAGCAGCGCUUUACACACACACACACACACACACACACACACACACACACACACACACACACCCCUCCAGAGUACGCCCGCGGACCCGACCCGCAGCUCAGCGUGGCCACCAUGGUCGGGAGAGUUCAGCCUGAUCGGAAACAGUUGCCGCUGGUCCUACUGAGAUUGCUCUGCCUUCUUCCCACAGGACUGCCUGUUCGCAGCGUGGAUUUUAAUCGAGGCACGGACAACAUCACCGUGAGGCAGGGGGAUACGGCCAUCCUCAGGUGUGUUGUAGAAGACAAGAACUCAAAGGUGGCCUGGUUGAACCGUUCUGGCAUCAUUUUCGCUGGACAUGACAAGUGGUCUCUGGAUCCUCGGGUUGAGCUGGAGAAACGCCAUUCUCUGGAAUACAGCCUCCGAAUCCAGAAGGUGGAUGUCUAUGAUGAAGGUUCCUACACUUGCUCAGUUCAGACACAGCAUGAGCCCAAGACCUCCCAAGUUUACUUGAUCGUGCAAGUUCCACCAAAGAUCUCCAACAUCUCCUCGGAUGUCACUGUGAAUGAGGGCAGCAAUGUGACCCUUGUCUGCAUGGCAAAUGGCCGUCCUGAACCUGUUAUCACCUGGAGACACCUUACACCAACUGGAAGAGAAUUUGAAGGAGAAGAAGAAUAUCUGGAGAUUCUCGGCAUCACCAGGGAGCAGUCAGGCAAAUAUGAGUGCAAAGCUGCCAACGAAGUCUCCUCAGCAGAUGUCAAACAAGUCAAGGUCACUGUGAACUAUCCUCCCACCAUCACAGAAUCCAAGAGCAACGAAGCUACCACAGGGCGACAAGCUUCACUCAAAUGUGAGGCCUCAGCAGUGCCUGCCCCUGACUUCGAGUGGUACCGAGAUGACACCAGGAUAAACAGUGCCAAUGGCCUUGAGAUUAAGAGCACGGAGGGCCAGUCCUCCCUGACGGUGACCAACGUCACUGAGGAGCACUAUGGUAACUAUACCUGUGUGGCUGCCAACAAGCUGGGGAUCACCAAUGCCAGCCUAGUCCUUUUCAAGCGUGUUUUACCCACAAUUCCCCACCCCAUUCAAGAAAUUGGCACCACCGUGCACUUCAAGCAAAAAGGACCUGGGUCGGUGAGAGGAAUAAACGGAUCCAUCAGUCUGGCCGUACCACUGUGGCUGCUGGCAGCAUCUCUGCUCUGCCUUCUCAGCAAAUGUUAAUAGGAUAAAAAUUUUAAAAUAAUUUAAAAAAAACACACAAAAAUGCGUCACACAGGAUACAGAGAGAGAGAGAGUGCAAGAUGGGGGAAGAUCGUUUAUUUCACAAAUGUGUGUGUUUCUAAAUGAAGGGGGAAAUAAAAGAAUGAAGAAGAAAAUACAUUAAGAAAUUUUAAGUCCAUCAAUGAAAAUUUGAGUAUAAUUCAGGGUGGAAAAGUUCUACCAGGGUAUGUGUAUGUCUAAGCAAAUCUAUGCUGUGUAGAGACUUCAUCAUGCUAAGGACAUCCAGAUGUUGUAAAAAAUAAUAAAGUAAAAAAGUGCAAGAUGAAUAUUAACACUCCACCCCACCCAUCCUUCCUUCUUUCAUCCUUUUUCAUCUGUGGGGUAAAAAUAAGAUAUUGCCUUUGGUGUUUAUAUUUCCAUGAUCUUUUUAUUCUGUAUUUCUUUUGAUUUGACUCAUAGCCAUUUCAGACUAUCAGUGGAAUCCGAACUGAAGUUCUGUGUUGAGCCUUUAUCUGACUUUCCUGCUUCCGCUCUCUCUCCAAUUUUUAAGACCACCCCCUCCCUCCAGUGUGUUCUAACUCCCCCACGCCCAUUUCAGAUAUUCUCUUUUUAUCCCAACUCCCUGCUUCUCUUCACCCCCACCAUCCUCCUGAGCACUGGUCAUGCCGCAAAUGCUAGGAAGUGCCAUUUUAAUUUUCUCCACUGUGCGCGCGCCUGCUCAAGUCUCUCUCUCUCUCACGUGGGUAUACAUGUGUGUGAGCGUGUGUGUCUCUCUCUCUAAAGCAUGCCACAGGAAUGGUCCAUGUGUACAUAGACUCAUUGUGUUGUAGAUACUGUCCUGCAUUGUAAUUGUGAGAUGCGGCUGUGACAAGUUGCUCAAGGGAUGGUGGGGUAGGAGGCGAGGAGCAGAGUCACUGCCCCAUCCUUGGCUGUCACGUGACAUUGAUGUAUAUUCAAACCAAGCUGUAUCCUUUCAAGGGCAGGUUCCCAUAUUCCUCCCAGUCCAAUCAUCAGAGCCUACUCGGGAGUCACUCAGAAUAUCACUGUAAAUGAAAGUGCCUACUAUUGAUGGAGUAAGCAAAUAGUAGAAAAGCUCAGUGACGUGGACAAGGAGACCUAGGAGAGAAGGUUCCUGAUUAUGCUCUUGUUUCAUGAGUCUGAGGGAAUCAUAUCUUCCCUGGCUUUUUGACAGACUGGGUCCUGCUCUGUUGCAGGAGUGAGUAGCACGUGUUGAGUAAAUCUGAGAAACAGGAAGGUCUCCAAGUUUUAAUUCCCAGUGGCCAAAUGAUGAGCCACACAGAGAUCCUAAGCAUCACUGGUUUGUUCCUUCCUUAAUCUACAAAUAAUACAUUUGCCCCAUGGAUUCCUCUUAGCAGAGAUUGUUUCAUAUUUCAGACAAAUACAAUAAGAAUAAGCAAGGUGGGAAAAGUUGACAGAUGCCUAAUUUCCUAGCCAUAUUCUAGAGAUAUUGUCAGAGUUCUAAUACAAAGCAAAGACCAUAGCAAAAACAGAAUACACUUCUUGUGUUCACCUGCAGAUUUCUGACCUGGUGUUCUAGGUUGAUACUUUAUUUUGUGGUCUGCAUCAUCUCCCUGCUAUUUCACUGAUGGUGUGUACACCACCAUUGCUCAUAGGAGUCCAUCCAGUGACCCCUAUGUCAUAUAUAUUAUCCUAUGAUAGGACACUAGGAAUUGCAUUGUAAUCACCUUCUCUGCUCACUUUUAGCUUUUGGUCUCCUGAAAAAGAUACAGUGGGGGUAUGGUGUUUAAAUUUAUAUCUAUAAAUUACAUCUUGCCAUUAACAAUGAAAUGUGGGUCAGUUCCCUAAUCAAAAGAGCUGGACAACUUGUAAUUAAUUUAUGUGGAUGUUGUAUGAGUAUCAUAAAUCUUGGUAUCACCAGAAGGCAGAGAGAGCUGGCUCUCUGCAUGUAGGUACAUAGAUAUCUUUGUCAAGAAACCAGUCAUUGCUCUCAUUUAGACUAUAGUGAGCAUUGGAAGUGGCUCAGUUUAUGAGAGGACAGAGGAUUAUUUCUGAGGUCAUAAUUGCAUGGUAUUACAACAGAGCAAAAUGUGGUACUUCAGCAAAUUUUGGAACCUUGAAAUUAGCUGAAUCUUGAAAUAAAAUGGGAAACUAAAAUUGCAAAUUAAAAAAAAAAUGGAAAAGUGAAAUUUUUCUUGAUAGAUUUUACUGACAGAAGGCUCUUUGUAAUGAGUCUCUUCUUUGCAGGUAGUCAUCUCCCUGAUUAGCAGCAUUUUAAAUUUUUUCUAAGGGAAUCUAUUGCAGUUUUUCUUUUUUCCCCAGAAACUUAUCACCAGCCUUUCUUUAUGAUUUUGCAGUUAGGAUAUGAGACAGAAAUGGACAAAUUGGGCUUGGAGAAGGGUAAAAAUUUUUAUGGUAAUUACUGGCAUAGGGCAGAAAUUCAUAUCCAAGAAGGUAGCUACUAAAAUAAAGGGAAGGUGAGCUGUAUUACUAUGAAGCAUCAAUUUAUUGACAAUCAGGAUUUUCUUAACAGCUUUGGUCUUCUAUGUACAAGGAAUAAAAGGUUAUCAUGUUUGAUGACAAAUACUCCCCAUAUUUUGAAGAGGCAGCCCCACCCUUAAAUAGAAGCUUUAAAAGGGAGCAUGCUAACUUAAAGAUAAAUAGUAAGGACAAAGUACAAACGUCAAUUCAGAUGUUAGUAUCAGCACCAGAAACAAAUCCCUAUACUAUGUCACAGGCUUUAAUCCACAUGCCUUACUUCCCUAUUUUGUCCAUUCUAUCAUAAGGGCAAUGUCUUGGUUUAUAGAAGAUGCUUUUCCAUUAAAAGGAAUGUCUUUGCCAUAUCAGCACCAUUUGUUCCCUCCAUUUUAAUAUAAUGGACCUUGUAUUAAACAUAAUUAAAUAUGUUAAAUAUUGUGUUGGCUUUGCAUAUAUCUCUGACAAGAUCUGGGCUUUUUCUUUUUCUUUUUUUCUCUUUUAUUUUUUUGCUCCUGGUUCAUGUUUCCAAGAAAACACUGGCACCAGAAUCUCAAAGAUUUGAGAGUCUAGCUAAGCAAUAUGAAGAAUGGAGGAGAACACCAUUUAGAGAAAGGUCAGGGAAAAGGAAGGGGCCAGAGGAUCAACACCAAGAAAUAAAGUUUUAACAUGAGAUUUCUUGGAACUUAGUUCAUCAGAUUGCUAUAAAUCCCUUCAAGAAUCUUGUCCAUUGGCAAAGAAAGCUUGAAACCUUGCACUGAAAAAGAGCCACCUGGUUGAAAAUAAUAUACUGAGAGGAGUGAAAUGUAUCAAUUAAUCUGAAUGACUAAUAUAAUACUUACUAUCAGUAAAAAUGUUUGCAAAAUGAAACUCUACUAUCCAUAAAACAAAAUCCUUAGACCAACUCUUAGUUGACAAAGGCAGAAAUGACCUUGACUCAGGGUGCUUUCUGAUAAAUGAAAGUUAUCAUAGAUUUUGUAACUGCAGAAAAUGUAAUUACACCCUCUGCACAAUUGUUCAUCAAAAGGUUUUGUCUUGUUGGAGAAACAGUCUUGCUUGUUUUGAGACAAAAUCCCUCUGUCCUAAAAGAACUAAGGCUUAGGGAAAAGUAGAUGAGUUUUCUUUCAGGAAAGAUUGUUUCCUAAACUUUGACUUCUCUCCCAAGUCAGAUUUCUCCUUUGCCAUGUUUAUUUUUUAUUUAUUUUUUUUAUUUUUUUUUACUACAUACAACAACUGGGGCUAUUCAUAGAGACCUUAAAAAAGUACUCGUGAUUUUCGUGUUCUUGGAGCACUGAAACAAAAAUCUGUUUCUCCUCCAAAAAUGGACUUACCUCCUUUGCACACAAAAACUAAACUCCUCAGCAUGAAAUUGUUUCUGAGUUCUUACCUAGCAAGUUUUUAGCUUCUUAACUAUUCCAGAGUUAUAGGCUCCAUCCCCGGGUUGGUUGUGGUCUGUUUCUAUUGGCUAGUCUCUCUGAAUUUCUCAUUUUGUUCUUUGCAGACCUUGAAUUAUUUGUGGAAAUAUAUAUAUAUGUGUGUAUGUAUUUUUUUAAAAUCUUGUCUUUACAAAUGCUAUAUUUACAACAUUGUAUGUAUUAUAAGACAAAUCUAGAAUAAUGAUUUAAAUCUAAAAGAAAAGUGCUGAAUUUGGUUUAAAAAAAGAGCUAUGCUUCAUUCAGAAAAACAUGGAGCCCCAUUUUUUGCACUUUGUAAUUAUUUGCUUGAAAGGAAUUUGCUAUGAACCAUGUUCCAUGGAUUACCAUGUCCUGAUUUUUCUCUUCAUCCUCAUAACCUUUUAGCCUAGACUUAGUCUUGGUUCCCAGUAACUAUCAUUUGUAGAAAUGUAAGUGCAAUGUUCUAUUUGACCUACAGAAACUAUUAAUUUUGCAGACAAAUAUUAAACAUACCACAAAAAGGGUGAGAUAAGACCCUGAGUUAAGGAACACAAAUCCAGUUUAUGAAGCCUCCUUCUCUUCUUUUAAAUAUUUAAAAUAUUUCUCCUCCAAAGACUGCAUUUGCCCCAGUAAUGUAAAUAUUCCAUUAUGGUUGGCAUAAUAUCUGUAAACAUCUCACUAAAUGUAAAAUGGAGUUUACAUUUACGUACGUACUAAUGAAAGGGAAGUAAACUAUUCUCAUUUGCAUGUAGCUAUGCUAUUCAAAUGUCGCCAACUGAAAUUUAAGAAAGAAUUUGUUUUCACCCAGCUACGAACCUCACUCUUGGCAAGGAAGCUGGUGUUAACAUUGGGUUUAGGUUUAACAUUUACACCAACAAAAAUGUUUAUGGAUAUUAUGGAAAACUUAUUUUAAAAUCUUGAUUUCCUUUCAGCACAUUUACAUACUGUGUGCUGAUUAAUAAAUUAGGCACCAAUCAUGUGUAAAUCAAUGUAAAUCACUAGUUUAUAUACAUAAUAUAAACUAUGUAAACUACAUUUUUCAUGCAAGGCCCAAUUUCAGCUAAUCUUAAAGAAAAAACUCACCAUGAAAUAAAAACUAAAAGAACGGGAAGAAGUAUCAACUGAACACAAGGUUGCCUCCGCAAAAGGCAGCAGGCCCACAGGAGCUGUAAAAGAUUCAUAUCCCGUCAAGUCACAGGAGUAAAUGCCUAUCUCUUUGCUCCUUCAGGACCCAGAGGAAAUAUUCCCAAUUGUUGCAGCAGUGGUCUCACUUGACACCAAAACUAGCCAGGCUUUUCCUGAAAUGAAGAGAAGGGGAGGGAGGAGUUUUAAGAUCUUGUGUGCCUGUUUCAUCAACUCUAAAGUCUCUUCUGGUUUUUUUUUUGUCACCAUCCAAGACGUCCUUCUUCAAGGAAGUCACCAACACCUUGAUGAGAAGAAUAUUACUCAGUUUUCAUUUUUCUGUUCACAGAAACAUUGGAAAGAUUCCUUGUCAACUUGAUCCUAAAAAAUUGAGGAAUAUGAGAAAUACGUCCUUCAGAAAUAUCUUUCUGGGUCCUACACUAAGAAAUAACUACUUUUAUUUAUCUGGCAGAUGCAUGUUUCUACUUAUCUCUCCUAAAUAUGAUAAACAAGGGUCAGAAUCAUUUCAAUUGCAAGGAUAGUAUCUCUCUCAGCCAUAUUCUCUUGGAUUCUUUUUGAAGUGCCUGGUGUGUUGAGCAGAAUGGCAUAUACACCUUUUCCACUAUCAGGACAAUUUGUACAUAAAGAAGCACCAAAGAGAUGAUUUCAAGGGACACAUGAAUUUUCUGCUAGUCAUAGAAAGAAAUUUAGGUUUAAUUAACAUUAGGCUCUACUUAAGAUAAAUGAAAACUUGAAAGUGAGGUAGGUGGCGUAUUGAAUUGGAAUCAGGAGAAUUGGAUUCCAGCCCUGGAUCUGCCCACAAACACCUGACAGCUGUGCAAACUUAGGCAAGUCAUUUACCCUCCCUGAGUCAUGGUUUUCUCAUCCCCAAAAUAAAGAAUUUCAAUGACAUUAUCUCUAAAGUCUCUUUCAAUUCUCAACUUUCUGAUUCUGAGUAAGAAUUUAAUACUUACUAAGUCUUGUGCCCAGCUAAUUAUUCUAAGCAGCCAAUUGUCAUCCCCAGUUUGGGCUCUGUAUUAUCCUCACCUCUCAGAAACAUCAAUUUGUCAUCUCCAUUUCAAAAGCCAAAAUUCCUAGAAUGCAGAUGUCUGGACUGGUUCUAUAAUUCUGCUCUGAUCAAGACUUCUUAGCAAUGUAGAGAAGGGACACAUCCAGAUUGUAUUGAGAACAUUGUUUAUAAUAUUAUAAAAUUUAGCUGUUGAACUGUACUCGAAUAACCUUUCAUGAGAAGGCAGAUUGGGUAUUGUGCAUGUAACAAGAGAGGAAGUUGUGAAAAUGAAGGAAACACAGUUUUCUCUCAUCCUGGGCCAAGUGCCUCUUUAUAGUAAAUGCGUGUCCUUGGAAACCCUUGUGCUGAUGACAGUAAGCAUGUGGUCCCAGACAGGUUCAAAAGGCAGAUCUGUGAGAAACAAGCAAGAUAAUACAUUUUGUUUGGGAAGGAAAUCCUCAUGGCACCUCAGGAAACUUUAGUUUCCCUAAACUUAAUAGGGUAUAAAACCAAGCAAGGAGAUGGAGAGAAAACAGUCCUCAUUUUCAAAUAAGUACAAAUUGAUACCAUCUACAAUUGAAAAUAAAACAAAAAUGAAUUCACUUUUAAGAGGCUACAGAGUUGAAGACAGUAAGAGUUGUCAUGAAGGCCGAAAGCAAAUGGGAAAACUUAGUUCGCUACAAAGAGGGUAAGCAGAAAAGAUGGUGCUCAAUCAGUUAGUGAGGAAUUAUUGUCUUGUACCUUGUCCUUGAUGCAUUGAACACAGUUCUACUUGUCUUGACCCAUCAAACUAUAGCCCCAUGCUCUCCUAGAGGCCCAGCUUGGUAACUGUCCAAAUUGUCUUUUCAUGAAUUGCCUAAAAGAGCAGAAGAAAUCUCAAGUUUCCUGUACACUGAAGAGCAGGGUUUAUUCGUAACUUCCCAGAAUUCAUAUAGCUUUGUAUAAAUAACAAUGUGAAUGUGCUUAGAGUGUUUAUGAGGCUCUGUUUAAGUGGGAGAAUGACCUGCCCAUGGGGUAGCUCCCCAUUUUCAUGAUCAUUUCAGAGGUGCCUCUUUUUGGAUGGUGCUCCUGAAUCUGCUAUUACAGCUAUAUUCUUCUCUGCACAAACCUUCUCUGUAUAAAGACAGGCACAGACUAAAACUCUGCUUCUUGCACAUGAAGAAAAUACAUCAAGAUACUAGCUUCCUGGCACUCGGCACCAAUUCCAGGCUCUCUGGGGCCUUUUUUUGAACCCACUUGCCUGUAUCUUUACUCUUCACCAGAGAAUGUAUAUGGCUUAUCCUGGUGAAUUGUGGCUAAGUUCUGCUCCCUGAAGUAUUUACUGGGAAGGAAAGGGAGGUUAAAAGGAGGAGAUUGCAGAGGGAGAGACACAUGGAGGAAAACCUCCAACUUCUUCCCACCAAUCCCCUCCCCACCAGCUUCACUCCUUCCUUCUCACUGCUCUACUGAAGAGUGUAUAAAUCCUGCUCUUGGUUAGAAUUCUCCUUAUUUACAGUGUUAUAUACAUAUAAAUAUAUAUAUAUCAAUAUAUUCCUUUUUUCAACCCUGUACAUGAACGAUCCCUUGACAAUAUCAACAUGGCCAUUUUUUGGUUUGGGUUUUUUGUUGCUCAAGGAUUUUUAUUUUUGUUUAUUGGGUGGAUUUUUUUCCCUGGAUACUAGCUCUGUGGAGGAAAAAAAAAGCGCAGUGUGUGUAAAAAAAAAAAAAUCAAAAUUAAAAAAAGGCUUUUUUCCUUUUCUUUUUAAAUGUAUUUAAAUUCUGUUUCUAUCUUCUGUUACUUUACAAGUAUGAAUGCUCUGCUGUUCUGUGAUCUUAAAACAAAAUGAAAUAAACGUGAAAAGGAGAUGUGUCUUCA